AUGGCAUCUGGUGGCAGAGGCGGCAGCAGUAGGAACCAGAUUGUUGGCAAUGGGAUUAUAGCAGAACCGGGCAGUGAGAAUGUUGGGAUACGGAACUCUUUCAAUGGACCAGGUCAAGCUGGUCUCAACGUUUCUGGCAAUAGAGUUGUUGCACGUGAACGCGCCAGGAAUGUUGGGAUCCAAGGAGUUGGCAACAACAACACCAGACCUGACGAAGGCUCCAGCUGGUGUGUGUUCGAUGUUGCUGUAAUGUUUCAAAAGUUAGUAAUGGAAGAUGUAAUUCUAGAAGUGACUGAGAUAGUAGAAAAGCAAGAAAGCAAAAGUCGUCCUUCUGGUCUUAAUACAGUCAAUCUUCUGAAGCUUGCUUCAAGUGCACUAGGCUUUGGACCCCAAAUGGCUAUGCAAGUUGCUGAACGCUUGUAUACUCAAGGGACAUUUGCUAAUUACCCAACAUGGGGCACACUUGGUGCCCAAGUAAAUAACCCAACAUGGGGUAGUUAUGUUCAGAGGCUGCUUGCUGAUGGUUAUCAAAAGCCACGAUCCGGGACAGAUGUAGGUGACCAUCCUCCUGUUACUCCAUUGAGGUCUGCAACUGAGGACAUGCUAGGAAAUGAUGCUUGGAGACUAUACGAGUACAUUUGUACACACUUCAUAGGGACUGUAUCUCCUGACUGCAAAUAUGUAAGGUAA